AUGUGCUCCCAGCUCUGGUUCCUGACGGACCGGCGCAUCCGCGAGGACUACCCUCAGGUGCAGAUCUUGCGCGCCCUGAGGCAGCGCUGCUCCGAGCAGGACGUGCGCUUCCGGGCGGUGCUCAUGGACCAGAUCGCCGUCACCAUCGUCGGCGGCAACCUCGGCCUGCAGCUGAACCAGAAGGCGCUCACCACUUUCCCAGACGUGGUGCUCGUCCGGGUGCCCACACCCUCAGUGCAGUCGGACAGUGACAUCACCGUCCUGCGACACCUGGAGAAAUUGGGCUGCCGCUUAGUCAACCGCCCACAGAGCAUUCUAAACUGCAUCAACAAAUUCUGGACAUUCCAGGAGCUGGCUGGACAUGGGGUCCCCAUGCCGGACACCUUCUCCUAUGGUGGGCAUGAAGACUUCUCAAAAAUGAUCGAUGAAGCCGAGCCGCUGGGCUACCCAGUUGUGGUGAAGAGCACGCGCGGACACCGGGGAAAAGCUGUUUUUCUCGCAAGAGAUAAACACCACCUCUCAGACAUCUGCCAUGUGAUCCGCCACGAUGUGCCCUACCUGUUCCAGAAGUACGUGAAGGAGUCCCACGGAAAGGAUAUCCGGGUGGUGGUAGUAGGUGGCCAGGUGAUAGGCUCUAUGCUUCGCUGCUCCACAGACGGACGGAUGCAGAGCAACUGCUCUCUCGGUGGUGUGGGCGUCAUGUGCCCGCUGACAGAACAAGGCAAGCAGCUGGCUAUCCAGGUGUCCAACAUCCUGGGCAUGGACUUCUGUGGCAUCGACCUCCUCAUCAUGGACGAUGGCUCCUUUAUGGUGUGCGAAGCAAACGCCAACGUGGGUUUCCUAGCCUUCGACCAGGCCUGCAACUUAGAUGUGGGCGGGAUCAUUGCAGACUACACCAUGUCCUUGCUGCCCAACAGGCAGACCGGGAAGAUGGCUGUCCUCCCAGGACUGUCUAGUCCCAGGGAGAAGAAAGAGCCAGACAGCUGUGCUUCAGCUCAGGGAGUCGCAGAGAGCGUCUACGCCAUCAACAGCGGGUCUACCUCUAGCGAGAGCGAGCCUGAACUGGGAGAGAUCCGGGGGUCCUCAGCAAGCACAGCGGGGGCCCCGGCCCCCAUGCUGCCCGAUCCUGGCUACAACAUUAACGCCAGGAUUGCUUCAGAAUUAAAACUUCAGUGAGUUCCUGCUUUUUGGCAGCACUGAAACCAAAUCCUACUGCUUCCCUAGUAGUUUUGAGCGAAUAAAAUCUGGACUAGUGUGAUUUCAUUUGCACAGAAACUAGAAAUCCCAUCUGGGCACUCAGCAUUCUUUCUAACGAUGAUGGAAGCAAAUGGCCUAGCUUUGUGGUUUUUAUAAACACUAAUAUAAAAACCCUCACCAAGAACAGCAUCCCGACUGAUGGAUUUGAGACCAAUGUCUGCUGCAAGCAAUUGGAUGUUACGGCUGACUCUGUGCUGUGCUUCUGGCUUUUAGCAGUGGAGCCCAUUAACUCAACGGCUCCUGGAAAUACUGUACAAAAGAGCAACCACCGGACAGAGGCACGUGCAGAAGAGGUGGAAUGUGACUGCAGUUGUGUGCUCUUCAUUAAGUGUGUGUGUGUGUGUGUGUGUGAGAGAGAGAGAGAGAGAGAGAGAGAGAGAGAGAGAGAUGCUCGGAGUAUACACAGUCCCAGUGCUAUUAGAGAAUCAGUCUCUGCUCCCCAUCAAUCACCAUCUUGACCAUAUUUCUCUGACACUCAGGAUAUGGUGUUUUAAAGGGAGCUUCCUCCUUAGCAUCUUCAAUGAAGCACUUUGUAGAAAGUGAAAUUGAGCGUCCUUUGACUUCACUCGUUGGCAAACAUCCUGCUCUGUAACUGGGGCUUUCUGCAGAUUGCUUUGCCACUCCAAAUAUAUAGAUCCUGCUUCAACUAGCGCCAGCCCCAGCAGCCCCUUGCACCUUUGCUGCCUUUGGCCUCAGCUGGAAAUGCACUUCAAUGACCUAGUGGCCACACACUUUCUUCCUUAAGCAUGCACUAGAACACCAUGGACUUCUUUUCAAUAGACUGUUCACUUGACAUUAGAAGCGAAUGGGUUUUUAAUCCUAGAAAGCUACUGGAAGAUAAUCAUUUCCCCCUCUCUUCUAC